CGGCUCCGCGGUUGGCUGCGGCCGCCUCCAGCCCCCGGCGGCCCGGCGCGGGGAGCCGCGACACCCACCGGCCGCUGGCGGCCCGCGGCGCUCGGCUGCGGCGCUCAGUGACUCAGUGGGACAGCCACACGUCAUGGUGGACUACUACGAAGCGCUGGGGGUGAGCCGCAAUGCCACCGCCGAGGACAUCAAAAAGGCGUACAGGAAGGCCGCGCUGAAAUGGCACCCGGAUAAAAACCCAGACAACAAGGAGUACGCCGAGCAGAGGUUCAAGGAGAUCGCUGAAGCAUAUGAAGUGCUGUCAGACAAGCAGAAGCGCGAUGUGUACGAUCGCUACGGCAAGGACGGACUGAUGGGGGCAGGACCAGGGGGCUCCAGGGCCGAUGCUGGGGCGCCUGAAUUCACCUUCACCUUCCGCAGCGCUCACGACGUCUUCCGGGAGUUCUUCGGCGGGCGAGACCCCUUCGCUGAUUUCUUUGAUGAGAUGCUGCCCUUCUCUGAGCUGCGAGGACCCGGCCCCCGGCACCACCGGGGAGGCCACUUCUUUUCCCCCUUCCCAGGAUCCUCAGAUUUCUUCGCCUCAUCCUUCAGCUCGGGUGCUGACGCAGGGCUGGGCUUCCGCUCCGUCUCCACCUCCACCACCUUCGUUAACGGCAAGCGCAUCACCACCAAACGGAUCAUUGAGAAUGGGCGGGAGCGGGUGGAAGUGGAGGAGGACGGGGAGCUGAAGUCGAUCCACAUCGAUGGUGUCCCCGAUGACAUGGCGCUGGGGCUGGAGCUGAGCCGGCGAGAACAGCAAGCCUUCCCCAGCCCCCGCGCCCCCUCACCCCCGCCACCCACCCCACACCGGCCCCCCAAUUCCUCUCCCGUCUGCCUCUACACGGACAGCGAGGACGAGGAUGAGGACUUGCAGCUGGCCAUGGCCUACAGCCUCUCGGAGAUGGAGGCUGCGGGGCACCACCGAGCAGGUGGGCACAGCCCCGGCGCCCAGCCGGCCCCGGGGGGCAGCCCUGGCACUCCCUCCUCUGCCCGCAGAGCCCGCGAGCCCCGGCCCAGCAGGGGCCCGGAGCGGGAGCUGCUGGGGGCUGGCACAGCAGCGGGGCACGAAGCAGCCCACAAAGCCAAGCAGUGGCACUGCCCUCUGCUCUGAGCCUGGGGUUGGGCUUGUGCUCCCCCCUCCCUUGUGGGGCAGGGAGAGGAAAAGGGAGAGUGAGGGCUCACUGCCCGGGCUUCCGUUCCUGCCUCCCCCAGCAAAGGAGGGAGUCUCUCCUGCCCUUCCUCCUUGGUGCCACUUGCAUGGGGCAGGGGGGCAAUUGGUGGCACCCCAGGCUCAAGGGGACUGCCAGAGUUGGGGGUUGUGGCUCAAAUAAGGGCCCUUGGUGGGGUCCUGGGAGGAGGGGCAGCUCCCUGCCCUGACUGUGGACAGUGUGGGGUGCUGGUGGGCUGCUGUGCCCUGGCUAUGCCCACUCUGCCUGGCUGCUCUGCAGAGGGGCAGGGGCACCAGCCAGUGCCUCCCUAGACGCUGCCCACCCUGCCUGGGCUGGCGAGCUCUGGGCCAGGCUCUCCCUCCUUGCAAGGAGGCGUUCAUGUGUGGACUCUGCUUUGUGCCUUGUGUGUCUUUCUCUCCCAUGAAUGCUGUUGUUCCUGCCUGUACCACCUCCUCCUCCGGCCUCCCCAUUGCAGACCCUGCCUGGUGCCCCCGUUCCCUACACUUUGCACACUCUGCAGGGCACUGUCACUCCCUGCCCCUCACCUUGGCCUGGGGCACUGGGUCCCUCCCUGCUUCCCGCAGCAGCAGUGAACCUCAGUGAUGCUCACAGGCUUUCCCUCACUUGCUCUUGUCCUGCCUUGGCUCUCCUCCUCUUCCUCCUCCUCCUGGGCCUUGCUCCCUCCCUCUCUGCCCUUCCCCAGGCCUGGGCUGAGGAGGGUUUCACGGGUGCUGUUGUGUCCCCCCUCCGCUUGUC